AUGCGCGACGACGACGACGACGAGGCGACGACGACGAAGGGCGCGGUGCCGGACGCGCGGGACGCGGACGCGCGCGCGCGCGACGACGCGAACGCCGUGGACGCCGUGAUCGGGAUCGCGGUGGAUGCCGCGGAUGAUGGAUUUUUGCAACCGGCGCGCGCGGUGCGCGGCGACGCGGUGACGACGCAAGAGCACGGGUCCGCGGUCGUGUUCGCGUCGCCGAACACGCGGGCGGGCGCGCCGAUUCCGCGGACGAUGCCGAGGGUGGAGGCGCGCACGCACGAGACGCCGCCGGCGGUGGGCACGCCGGUGGCGGACGCGACGCGCGCGCGGACGACCAUGGUGCGGAGCCCGGGGGGUGGGGUGUUUGAGUUCUCGACGCUCGUUUGGGGAAGUGGAGAGGAAUUCACGCGAGAGCGGCUCGAGCGUGAGAUCGCGAUGGAGCUCGGGACGCCGAGCGGAGCGCUGCCGGUGGAUUUGGAGACGCUCGCGUACGCGAGACAGCUGAGUCGAGUGACGCGGUUAUUCGCGCUCGUUGACGUCGUGUUUUGCGUCCUGUACUCGCUUUUAGGAUACAGGGCGAUCAUCGCGCUCGUGCUCGGGCCUCUGUGUGGAUACGCCGGGUCGAAGACGUACAAUCCGUCGCUCGUCGCCGCGUACUUGGCGUUUUGCGUCAUAGGCGUCGCGUGGCGAGUGGCGAAUCUUUUCAUGUUUCCGGAUGUCACCGCGCGCGUGUUGCCUCUCAUUUCCAUCGUCAUAUCGAGCUAUAUCGCUCGAUUGGUGGCUAGAUUCUUUUACGUCCUUCGCCUCGUUCCGCCGAACGGGCGCGAGCUGCUUCGACAGCUCGACAUGAUGCGGUUGGUCGCGACCUCGGCGUAG